UUUACAAAAAUAUUUUAAGUUGUUUGUUAACAUGCCGGGUGUGUAUGGUUGAUAAGAAAAGAGUGCAGACGUUAUUUUUGUUAAUAUUAACCUCCAAAGAUAUGACAAGCCACAAUGCUAAAAGUCCGGAUGUAGUCGGAUGAGAACAUGUAACCGCAGUUGUUAUUUGUGUAAAUGUUAUCACAUAUUUUUAAAACUAUAAGGUCUUGUUUUUGCAAAACACAUUCAAACAUUUGAUCACGUUCAUGCUGUGUGAAUUUCGCCUAUAAAUACUGAAACAGACGAGCAUAUACCACAGUCGACAUCUGACAGUUUCUACAGUAUAGUUGCAGUGUUCAGUGGAAAAUAUUCAAUUAAGAUAUUCCUAGCGUUCAGACGUGUGCUCUGGUGAGUUUUAUAUCGUUCAGAAGUGUGCUCUGUUGAGUGGCAAACUUUGAAUAUUUUUUGAUUUUGUCGAAAACAAUUUUUUUUUGAAAUUUUUAAAACAUAUUUAGUGUUUGGGUUCUAAUUUUUUUGAAUUCUAAGUUUUGAAUAUUUAUUAUUAUGUUAUUACUUAGUGUUGUUUGAUUUGGUCAGUUUUUUUUAAUAACGAAAACAUGAACACAUUCUUAGUCACUAAAGAUACAUUUAAGAAAAUUCGUAUUUCUCAUCCUUUAAUAACGAAAACAUGAACAAAUUCUUAGUCACUAAAGAUACAUUUAAGAAAAUUCGUAUUUCUCAUCCUUUAAUAACGAAAACAUGAACAAAUUCUUAGUCACUAAAGAUACAUUUAAGAAAAUUCGUAAAUUUGGCCUCCAGGGACGAACUCUGGAAUUUAAAAUCAGGGAUGUGCCGCAGAGUGAGGAACCUGUGGGAUGGGUAAAAAAGGCCAUCGAGGAGAUUGUACUUAAGGGAACAGAAGGUUUGGAACCAACCGAUCAGGUCGGUUUCACUUUUUGCUCGAAAGACUUUGCCAGAGGUCAGGGUUGGAUGAGGUUCAAGCCUGCCUGUGAAGUGACCGUUGAUGAUAUAUGGGAUAAGAUUAGUUCCAUAUAUCAGAGUAAUAGCACCGGCCUCAAUACCGAAACAUUUUGUUUGGGUAUUACGACGGUAAAACUGCCCGCGGGAAAAGGUGGUCCGAGAGGAAGAGCUUAUAACUCCUUUAACGAGGAGUGUUUGAAAAGGCGAGGAACUGUUGUUAUUAAAAACAAGGAUAAUCUUUGUUUACCUCGUGCUCUUGUGGUUGCAAAAGCUCACGUAGAUAAGGACCAAGAAUGGAAGAAGGUACGUCAAGAUAUUGGAAAAAUACAAGGACAAAGAGCCCAUCAACUGAUUGAAGCCGCUAAUGUAACAAUUCCUGUCGGAGGGGCAGGAAUACCCGAACUACAACAGUUUCAGGGACACCUCACAGAUUACAAAAUUGUGGUGUAUAGUUAUGGUAGCAAGGGUCGUGACGUUAUGUUCUGUGGUAACACUAAUGGUCCAGCGUUAAAUCUUUUGUAUCAUGAAGGACACUUUAACGUGAUCACUUCUUUGACAGCUGCUUUUUGUUGUAUUUAUUAUUGUGAGGAGUGCCACCAGCCGUUUAACAACAAAAACGACCACAGAUGUGGUGGUACAUGUUUUGCUUGUCGUCGUUCACCAGCUUGUUCCAAAGAUUGCGUGAAAAUACCCUGCGAUCAAUGUGGUCGAAACUUCUACGGUAAGGCAUGUUUCAAUGCUCACCUAGGAUCGGUAUGCGAUAAAAUCAAAAGGUGUAGGACCUGUUACAAGAUCUACACCAAAAGUCAUGUCUGUGGUGAGGUCUUCUGUAAAACUUGUAAGAAAAAUUGUCCGUCAGAUCAUCUUUGUUACAUACAGCCCGAUUCUGGUCUUCCUCCAUCAAGCGAUUUUCUAUUUAUAUUUUAUGAUUUGGAAACUAGUCAGGAAAAGAUAUUGGCUGAUGGUUCGCUUCUUCAAGAACCAAAUCUCUGUGUAUUUAAUCAACGUUGUUACAAAUGUCUCCCUGAGAUGAAAUUAGUUUUCUGUCAAUCUUGUGGAUUUCGCCAAAAGAUUUUGAGGGGUCUUGACGUAAUAAGUCUUUUUAUGAAUCAUAUUUUGCAAAUUAGAAAAAAAUUCAAGAAUGUUGUCGUGUUAGCUCACAAUGGAGGAGGCUUCGACCAUCAAUUUAUUUUAAAUUAUAUUUUAACAAAGACUGAUUUAACCCCUGAUCUCAUUAUGCGUGGUACAAAGUUGGUGUCAAUGGCUGUUGGUAACGCUCGUUUUCUCGAUAGUCUUAAUUACUUUCCAAUGGCGUUGUCUGCUCUACCUAAAGCUUUUGGGUUGACAGAGUUGAAAAAGGGAUAUUUUCCACAUCUGUUUAACAGAGAGGAAAAUCAAUCUUAUGUUGGACCUAUGCCUGAUCUAAAAUUUUACGAUCCCGAUAAUUUAAAAGAUGAUGCACGUGACAAGCUGAUCGCGUGGCACGCUGAAAGAGUAGAUGAGGGAUACGUUUUUGAUUUUCAAAAGGAAAUUGUUGAAUAUUGUAUUAGCGAUGUUGAGAUUUUGACUAAGGCUUGUCUCACUUUCAGAAAACAGUUGAUGGAUACUUCAAAUGUCUGUCCGUUUUUCGAGGCAACAACUGUUGCAUCGACGUGUAACAAGGUAUUCAGGCGUAAUUUCUUACAACCAAACACAAUAGCCCUUAUUCCAAAAGGUGGCUAUCGUUUUAAAGAUAAUCAGUCGAAAAUAGCUUUGCAGUGGUUAUUGUGGGAAGAGAAGCAACGUUGUAUUAAAAUUCAGCAUGCCGCCAGGGGACCUGAAGCUCUUAUUGGAAAUUGUAGGGUGGACGGUCUUUACGAAAACACCAUCUUUGAUUUUCAAGGUUGUUAUUACCACGGUUGUCCUACUUGUUACCCUACAGAUAGAACUGCACCCCUUCAUGACGAUCCUUCAGAUUGUAUGGAAAAUCGUCAUGAUAAAACAAUUGCUAAAGUUAAGCAUCUCAGAUCAAUAGGAUAUGAGGUGGUUGAAAUAUGGGAAUGUCAAUUCCGUAAAAUGCUGACGGCCGAGAUAAAGGCGUAUACCGAGGGGCAUCCUCUUAUGGCUAGUUUACCUUUGAAUCCUAGAGAUGCUUUAUAUGGUGGUCGUACAGGCAAUACUGUAGAGUAUUACAAGUGUAAAGAUGGUGAAAAAAUUAAAUACGUUGAUGUUUGUUCGCUUUAUCCGUGGGUAUGCAAGUACGGAAAGUUCCCAAUCGGACAUCCAAAGAAAAUAUAUAUUGGACAGGAAUGCACUGCUGUAGACAUUACUGAGUUAUCUGGAUUAAUAAAGUGUAAAGUGCUUCCUCCUACAAACCUCUAUCAUCCUGUUCUUCCUACCAAGAUGAACAGUAAAUGUAUGUUCGUUUUAUGCCGAAAGUGUGGAGAGGACUUUGCGGAAGAAGAGUGUGAGCAUUCGAAUGAUGAACGGGCUCUAACAGGUACUUGGGUGAUUGAGGAGGUAGUGAAAGCUUUAUCAAAGGGUUAUAAAAUAAUUGAGACCUAUGAGAUAUGGUCCUAUGAUACUUUACAGUUAUCGAAAUCUCAGAAAGGUCUUUUUUCCGAUAUGAUGAACAAAUUUAUCAAAGUGAAACAACAAGCUUCAGGGUGGCCGCGAGGAUGUGUAUCGGAUGAGGAAAAGAGCCGGUACAUCGAGGAGUUUCUUCAGAGGGAGGAUGUCAGGCUGGAGUUUUCCGACAUAACGGAGAACCCUGGUCUGAGGUCGUUGGCUAAGCUUAUGCUCAAUUCUUUCUGGGGUAAGUUCGCUCAGCGAGAGAACCUCCCUAAAACAUCCAUAAUAAACAAGCCUGGAGAAUUUUUUGCUAUGUUGAUUAAUCCAUCCAUUCAGGUUAAUACGGUGAUCCCUGUAAAUGAGGACACACUGGUUGUUACGUGGGAGUAUGUGAAGGAGGCGUACUCAAUGUCGUCAGCAGUUAAUGUUGUUCUGGCAUCAUACGUUACGGCUCUGGCUCGUCUCAAAUUGUACUCUUAUCUGGAGAUUAUUGGGUCUCGGGCAAAAUAUUACGACACAGAUUCGUCUAUUUACCUUUCCAAGGCUGGCUUACCUGAUCUCCCAAUAGGUGAGUGUAUAGGUGACUUAACUGAUGAGUUGGGUGGGGGGUAUAUUUCAGAGUUCGUUUCUGGAGGGCCUAAAAAUUACGCAUAUAAAUACACUUUGCCUAACGGUGAAGAAAAAAUUUGUUGUAAGGUUAAAGGUAUUUGUCUAAAUUAUGAGGCAUCUAAAUUAGUUAAUUUCGAUACCAUUAAGAAGAUGGUACUUAUGAAGUCUGACCCUGUUUCUGUGGUGACUAAACAAAUACAAAGGACACAGGAUCAUUGUGUUAUCACAAAAACCCUUGAAAAAAAAUAUAGACCAAACUCAGCAAAAAGAAAAUUUUUUGAAGAUUUUACAUCCGUACCUUAUGGUUAUAAAAAACUUAAAAUUUAAACUAUAGCCCAGACUCAGCUUUUUUAUUUUUUAACACUAUACCUGUUUAACACUCACAAUCAACAUUUUUAAUUAGUAAGUUAUAUAUUAAUAGAUUACUUUUUGUUUUGUCAACAGUGGAUGCUUUUUCCUCUGCGAUACAACCGAUCGUCUGUCACACUGAAAAGUGGGUUACUAAAAAGUUGUAGUGAGUUGUCGUUUGUCCUACAUGAUUAAACAUCUUUAAAAGAUGUUCAGUUAAGACCAUUAAAAGAUAUCUGAUAUAUAGCCCACUGGCAAAUUAAUGAGCCGUUCUGGUUACGUCCGUUGCUCGUGUAGCCGCUCAUUAUAAAAGAUGGCAAUCAGAUCAUAAAAAGAUGUCUGCUGAACCAUUUCCUGUAUGUUUAAAAAAGAUGUUCAGUUAAGGUCACUAAAAGAUAUUCGUUAUAAAAAUGUACUAUAAAUAAUGUUAAUAAAAAGAUACCUGCUGAACCAUUUCCGGUAUUUUAAAAUACAAUAAACAGUUUUCGGCUAUGAACCACUUUGUGAUUUUGUAACAUCAUUACAGCUUUGCUCGUUACUUACUAGAAGGUGGGGCAACAAUCGCUUGUUCUAUGCUAUCACAAAUAUAUAUAUAUAUUGAAUCACAUUUGAUUCCUCUGAGGAAAUUUGGUGGUUGUAGGCCUCUAGGGGAUGGUGUCCACGAUAAAACACCAACGAGGUAUGUGUUGUACCUCAUGGGUGCCUUGGAAAUCAACACGAGUAACCUUUGUUUCAGAUUAUCCUUGAAAAAAAAAAUCAGCACGAGCUAUGUUAGCUUUAACGUGACGACCUUUACGACAUGCUUUUUCUUUACGACAAUACUGUUAGAUAUGUCUUUAUACAUUAACAAAAGUUUUUUUUCUACCUAGGUAUACUCUAAGUGUAUAUAAUUUUUUUUCUCAAUAUAUCUGAUACAUAAUACCUUUAAAUAUGGUCCUCCUUUUGGAGUAUAAAAAGGACGGUCGACUUUUAACCCGCACGGAUGCACGUCUAUAUGUACCUUUACGAAGGGAAUUGUACAUAAACCUAUAAGCUGAUCGUAAUCCAUAUCUGCAAAGUAUGUUGUCAGCUUGGGUUAGUAUAUACAGUGCAUUCCGUAUGUUUUAUAAACAUGAUCAGGGGAAAUUGUUGCCUGAUGGCUAUUAAAGAACCGUCUAUGGCCCUCAUAUAUUCUUAUCACAGAUCUUUAAUAUCAAACUGUAAAAUUAAUACUACCCACUUGCCGUAGAUAAAAUAUUGUAUGCAACUAUUCAGUAAAUUACAUAAAAAUAAUACACAUUUUUCUGAAAAGACUUGUACAUGAGAUGUUUGCUGGUUUGGUCACAGCGUAAGAAUGGUAUAUGUUCAUUGUAGGAAUGUAUGCUUGGAGGGAGAUCGAGGAUGUUUGUUGGUCAUACUGUAAGAAUGGUAUAUGUUCAUUGUAGGAAUGUAUGAUUGAAACGAAGAUACGAUAUAGUGCCGUUUUGGCAAUGUCUUAUUCACGUCACGUCAUUCACGUUACGUCAUUCACGGUAAAAUAUCACGUUAAAGAGGUACACUGUUAGGAUGGUUUAAAGAUAAAUAGUCUAUACCAUUAGGGAAUAGAGUGUAGCAGAGACCAUUAGAGGCCAUUAGAAACCAUCAGGUCACUUUAUUUACGUCGCGUGAUUCACGUGACGUUAUGCACGUCACGUUCUGUUAGGCACUGUCACGUUCUGUUAGGCACUAUACGGAAAAGAAGAAGAAGAAUUGGCAAUUAAUGUUGAACGUUGACAGAAGAAGAAUUGACAGUUGCCAUCUGUGUCGCCACCGCUUUCAUUUGAUAUCCCAUACGUCAAAAUCGGAUCAUUAGCAAAGAAGAUAUGUUGUAAUGCCGUUUUGGCAAUGUCAAUUAGUUACGUGUUGCAGCCGACAGGUGGCAUGAUAAGAUGAAGAACUGUGAUAGGAUGUUUGAUGGUCGUACUGUAAGAAUGGUAUACGUUCUUCUAGAGGGCUUGGGCAUAGUUACAUGUUGCAGCCGACAGGUGGCAUGAUAAGAUGAAGAAUUGACCACAGCGUAAGAAUGGUAUAUGUUCUUAUAGAGGGUUUGGACAUAGUUACAUGUUGCAGCCGACAGGUGGCAGGAUAAGAUGAAGAACUGUGAUAGGAUGUUUGAUGGUUUGGUCAUACUGUAAGACUGGUAUACGUUCUUCUAGAUGGUUUGGGCAUAGUUACAUGUUGCAGCCGACAGGUGGCAUGAUAAGAUGAAGAACUGUGAUAGGACUAAUAUAUCACCGUUUUGGCAGUGUUGCCAUGUUUCUCCUUCCCUUCGAUGUCUGUUGCGCUAAAAUUAAUAGCAACGAAGAUAUAGUGUCGUUUUGGCAUUGCUGACAUCUUUGUUUUUUAUGUUAACAUAUUCAAUAUCCCCUCUUUUUCCCAACGAGACCAUAUUCACACGAAUUGGACCAAUAGACACGAAGAUAUGAUAUAGUGCCGUUUUGUCAUUGCUGACAUCUUUGUUUAUAUGGUAACAUGCCUUCCUCUUUCCAACAAUAUAUGAUCAGUCAGGUCGGAGACAUGCUCUAAUGCUCUUUUGCUAAUGUCUUUGUGAUUGCUCCUCUUUCGUUUAAUGUCUUACAUGUAAUAAACGAACCAAUAACAACGCAGAUGGCAGAUAGGUGCUUCAUGGAUAAGUGUCUUAUUUGGCUUUCUGACUACACCCUGUAUAUUUUGCGAUAAACGAAAUAAAGAGGAGGCCAUCUUGGAAGGCGAGGGUUUGUGACGUAGGUGGGCCUGGCUGUGUUCCCAUUGGUCGUUGGGCGGGGCUUCGUUCUCAUUGGUCGGUGAUUGGGGCUAAGUUCUCAUUGGUCGCUGGACUUUGAUCUCAUUGGUCCAUGGGCGAUGCUGUGGGUGGGCGAGGCUUCCUUCUCAUUGGUCGGUGGGCAAUCAUUGGCCGGUGGGCAACCAUUGGUCUGUGGGCGUGGCUUUGUGGUGGGCGUGGCUUUGUGGUGGGCGUGGCUUUGUGGUGGGCGUGGCUUGCGGUGGGCGUGGCUUUGUGGU